CCGAAGGAAAAUUAUCACCAUCUUGACCUGUACCACAAUAAAAGGUUGUGUUCUCUGGCUUGCAUGACUAGACAUGCAAAUCAUUUAAGAUUUUGGGACCGUGGAAACUUCCUUUUUUUAAAUCAUAUUUUUAUUUUACGAGGUAUGGUGUGUGCUUCGUACAAGCGCCUCCAGUGAGAUAUCUUUAGUGCUGCCUGAAGAUGAAUGUCCAUAUAAUUGGUUGGCUCCUACUUCUGAUCGUAAUAAAAAAUUGUCCUUCUGCCACACAAGUCCUCUUCUCAACCAUAGACACUCACCUGACAGCUACAGAGGGUUCCUGUGCUGAAAUCAAAUGUGAAGUCAGUUCUACAAUUCAAGUUUCUGAAUCAUACCAUUUUUGGAUGAAGAAUCCACGUUAUGAUGAUAUCAAUAAACGUUUUAAUGCCACCAUCAUUUAUAGUACAAAUUCAUUGUUGCGUCCUGUCAGUCCAGACUAUGCAACAAGAGUGAAAUAUAUCGGGGAUCCAUCUGAGACCUGGAGCAAAACCCCAUACUCUAGAAAGUUUUGCAGUAUUCUGAUCUGCGACCUGAACAACACCGACAGUGCAAACUAUAGUUUCAGAUUUGUAGAAGAGCGGGAAAACGGAAAGAUAUGGGCAACUAAAUAUGUGAACCUCACAGUUACAGAAAAUCUGUGCCCAAUCACUUUUGAAAACCCACCUGUUGUAAACGAAUCUCAUCCGAUCAAACUCACCUGCUCCACUUCAAGGUCAUGUCCUUCGCACCCACGAAUUGAAAAUUUUGCACAGUUGACCCCAGUGUCAAAAGACCAAAAGUACUCAAAAGACCACCCAAAUGAACCACUAGACGACAUAUGGAAAACCAGCACAGUCUCAUUUACAGCCAGACCAGAGGAUGAUGGGAAAGAGUUUUCAUGCCAAACAGAAGAUAACAAAGACAAAUAUUUGAUUAGGUCUAUCACUCUAUCUGUCCAAUACGCUCCCAAAAAUGUAUCGGCCACAGUAAGCCAUACAGACAUCAAGGAGGGACAGUCCGUGACUCUCACUUGUUCUGCCAAAGCACAUCCUAACGCUACCUUCACCUGGUUUAGAAAUAAUGUACAGGAACUUGGUGAAAUGCAAUGGACGAUUCCAUCAAUUACGGAGUCACACAACGGAGAAUAUCACUGUAAUGUUCAGAAUGUACUUGGGAAGGAACGAUCAAAUUCAGUGUUUAUUAAUGUUACAUAUGCGCCUCAAGUUCAGCUAAAGAUAAUUUCACAUUAUUCUGUUUAUCGGCAAGGAGAUAAAAUGGUUUUAAAAUGUGAUGUGAAGAGAAGCAACCCACAUCCUCAUACAUAUUCUUGGUUUAAAGAUCAGAAACAAAUUUUGGUGCAUAAUGACACGUAUGUUAAAGUACUCGAGCCCGCAGACGGUGGCCGCUACCGAUGUAACGCCACUAACACUGUGGGAACUGGAUCAUCAGAAGAACAUGAAAUUAAGGUUCAGUACAGCCCACAGAGCACACGUAUUUCCAUCAGUGAAAAGAGUGAAAAAGUGAAAAUUGAUAGACGCCUCACAUUCUCUUGUUCCACUGAAGCCAAUCCUGCUCCACAUAGGUACUCCUGGUACCGUUACAACAAAACUAAAGAGGCUGACUCAUUACAGUGGAGAUCAAAUACAACCGAGGUGAACAAGCUAAUUCUGGAGCAAGUUCGAAGGGCAGAUGAAGCAUGUUACACCUGCAACGCAACCAACAGCAUCGGUACAGGGUCCAACAGCAACGCACUGUGCAUACAAGUACUCUAUCGUCCCACCAACGUCGUGCUGUCUAUGGAUACUGUGGUCACAGAGGGUCAGCGCAUCACCAUCACCUGCACUGCUGAUAGCGUCCCACCCUCAUCUCUCAGGUUGAUAAGGGAUCUUCAGUCUUCAGAAAGGCCUCCCUCUCUACCCACCACUCCUGCAGACAAAAACAUUCUAAAACACACGUUUAACGUAACUUCAGCCCACACAGGCGUGUACAUCUGCAGCGCCUCGAACAGCGAAGGUACAGCCUCAAGCCAUAAGAGGAAGUUGAUGGUGAAACAUCGUCCCAAAUAUGUGACAGUAAUUGCUCAGCCUGCUCUUACUGUGGAUGAAAACACGUCGCUGACUCUGAACUGCAGUGUCAAGUCCUACCCAGAGGUGACCUCUUUCACCUGGACGAAGACGACUGACGGGAAGACUGAAACCAAGAAGGGGACGCAGAUUCUCAAAAUAGAGUCGGUCAGUCCUGCCGACAGAGGGCUGUACAGUUGCACAGCCACUAAUGUAAUCGGGACUGGAGGCUCGCAGGCAAAACACGUUAAUGUCAAAUAUGCUCCAAAACACACAAAGAUCACAACAUGGGCAGAGCAGCAGCACCCUGACGGGACCCGGUCGGUGACCCUGGGCUGCAGCAGUGACAGCUUCCCUUUAGUCGAACAUUAUUCAUGGUACAGGAAGAAAAACACUGAGGAAAAGGCUGAAGAAGUGUCUAACAGUCAGAACUACACAGUGAAAUCAGACAAACCGGGAUCCUACUACUGCAUCGCAAAAAAUGAAAUAAGUGAGAGAAGCUCUGACCCAGUCGAUGUGUUUUUGGAAGGAGGCUUUAUGAAGGUCCUGAAGUUCUCCUUACCUUUUCUGAUCCUCCUGCUGGUUAUUUUCUUCCUUGUCUUUUUCUGCAGACACAGGAGGAACAAAUCAAUUCAGCGAGGGACCACAAACGCAUCGCCAUGUGUUCAGGGUUGGUGGAAUUGGACGACGAGGAGGACUCGAAUAAACCAGUCCGUCACGGCAGAGCCUUUCAGGAGCAGGGAUGACCAGCCGCACCGUCCGAACGCCCAGCGGCAGCAGCCACGUCCAGACAGCACGCCUGCGUCCAACAUCAACAGUGUUUACUGCACUGUGAAUCUGCCUGCCAGGACACAGGGUCCUCCUGCACAGAAUCCAGUCAGACAACAAGAUGGAGGCACAGCAGAAGGGUCUCUCAACUACGCUUCCUUACACUUUGGAAAUAACCAGAAGAACAAAAAGGCAAAAGCAGAGGAGAAUAUCGUGUAUGCUAUGGUGUUCAAGCAAAAUCCACCUAAGAAGACUGGCCAAGAAAGGCUGGAGGACUACGAGAACAUCACUGCAGUACACACAGCCAAAAGUCCAAACCCGGUCAGCUCCGACUCAGACACCAGUGAAGAAGAUUUAGAGCUCAAUUAUUCCCAGGUGAGCUUCAAGGCAAAGUCUGGACAUCAGUGGGCCAGCAGUGACUCCAGCACCUCUGAUGAGGAAGACAUCCAGUACUCAGAUAUCAAAAUCUGAUGAAGAGUUAAGGUCGCUUAAUCAAUCAAAAAAUUUUAUCGUUCUACUGUAUUGUGUCUACAUGACCUUCCAGUAUUAUUUUAUUCAUUAUUUUUCUUCUGCAUCAUUAUUAAACAAGUACUAAACAGAAGGGAGGAAAGUGACCAAUGAGCUCAAGCCCACAGCCGCUAAAAUACAAGUCUCGUCAAAGAAAAUGUAUAUGAUCAAAUGUGCACUUGUAAAAACUGAAUGUCAUGACUGUGACUUUUGUGAGCAGCACAAGAUGACACAGCUGUAAUGCUGUAACAGUGUACAUCAGCUGCUUUACUGAAGCUUCUUUUUAAUAUAUGUAUAAUGCUCCAUUUCAUGACACGCUUUCACUUUUGCUCUUGUAUGAGCUGCAGUGCAGGAAGAAACUCUUUCUUUAAUUUUAUAAGCACACACAAACAUAUUUAUGUAUUUUUACAAAAACAAACCCCACAAAUUAGCAAUAAAAAAGUGUUUGACAAAUGUCACAAAUGUGCAUGGUUCUUUCACUUUUCACAAAGGUUUUAUAUAACAGCGAGGGAAAAGUUAGCAUUUACUUAUGAAACUGAAAAACCACACAGAAGAUCAAUUGUGGGCAGGUUAAAUGUUCAUCCACAGCAUGCAGAUUUGCUCUGAUGUCUGUAUCAUGCUGUAACUACCUUGUGUACACCUUCAAUCAUUUUUAUUUUAUUGUGUUUUUCUUUUGCUAGACGUUUUUCAGUAAGGAGACACAAGAAAGGUUGACAAAAAGGAGUUAUAAUCACGAGGGUUGAGAGUUAAACUUGAAGCCACAAGCUUGUGGCAUUACUUACUUAAACAAGGCUGCUGCCUGCGUUGCAGCUGCAGAUUUUACAAGGUUGUUCUGCUCAGCUAACUGUGGAAAACGUGAC